CGCCCCCAAGUGUCGCUCGGUCCUAGUCGCGCGACGUCGCUCGCUCGGCCCUGCUCGCUCAAAGAAAGAAAUCGCUCGCCCUGGAAACGGCCCGAUGGAUCCAUCCACGUAAAGGCGGCCGCGCCCAUGCAAGGAAGAGCUAGCUAGGUAGCGUGCGAUGGAGCACAUGUCCAGCUCGUCGCCCAACGGGCAACCACUAGCUCCCUUAGGCCUUAGCUAGCACCGCCCCAGCUCUAUAUAUAGGCCUCUCGCCUGCAAGAUCUUUCGAAGGAGCGCGAGCGAUUUGCCAUAACCCAGUGGCUAGCUAAAGCUAUAGCGAGCGUAGACACGACGUGCCACUCGUCCAUCGAUCACAAGCUCUUCGAUCCUUCUUCCUAGUAGUACGUGUCUACCUCUCUCUCUCCCACCAUGCCGGCCCUCGCCGACCAGGCCGAUCCGCCACUGGCGGACAGCUACCGCGCGCUGCUCCGCGCCGGCAACGGCAUUGCGCCCACGCCGGCGACUGAAAGCCUGGCCGUGCUGGAGCAGGACCUCCCCACGAUCGACCUGCAGGGCCUGGCGAGCGGCGACGCGAUGGAGCGGAGGGCGUGCGCGGACGCCAUGGCGAUGGCCGCGUCGGAGUGGGGCUUCUUCCAGGUGACCGGCCACGGCGUGGGCCGUGCGCUGCUGGAGGAGAUGCGGCGGGAGCAGGCGCGACUGUUCCGGCUGCCGUUCGACGCCAAGGCCAAGGCCGGGCUGCUCAAUGGUUCUUACCGCUGGGGCAACCCGACGGCGACGUCGCUCCGGCAGCUCUCGUGGUCGGAGGCCUUCCACGUCCCGCUCGCCAGCAUCCCCGGGGAGGACUGCGACGACGGAAUGCUCUGCUCGCUCAGGGGCGUCAUGCAGGAGGUGGCGGACGCCAUGUCCCGGGUGGCGGACACGGUGGCCGGGGCGCUGGCGGAGAGCCUCGGCCACCGCCCUGGCGGGCCGACGGCGUUUCCGGCGGGCUGCGACGGGACGACGUGCUUCCUGCGUCUGAACCGGUACCCGGCGUGCCCGUUCGCGCCGGAGACCUUCGGGCUGGUGCCGCACACGGACAGCGACUUCCUCACCAUCCUCUGCCAGGACCAGGUCGGGGGCCUGCAGCUCAUGAAGGACUCCCGCUGGGUCGCCGUGAAGCCGCGCGCCGACGCGCUCAUCGUCAACAUCGGCGAUCUCUUCCAGGCGUGGAGCAACAACAGGUACAAGAGCGUGGAGCACAAAGUGGUGGCCAACUCCAAGGCGGAGCGCUUCUCCGUCGCAUACUUCCUCUGCCCCUCCAAUGACUCCCCCGUUGGCACUUGCGGCGAGCCGUCGCCCUACAACCCCUUUACGUUCGGGGAGUACAGGAGGAAAGUGCAGGACGAUGUCAAGAGAACCGGCAAGAAAAUUGGGCUCCCCAACUUUCUUAAACUUUCUACCGUUGACGGCCAGAAAUGAUACAUCCACAGCAUCGCCCCUGUUCUUAACUCUCUGCACCAAGUCUCACUGUAGAAGCGUGUGGCAGCUUGUUCAAAUCGGAGGAAAUUCCCUUUUUUUCCUAUUUUUUGUUUUGUUUCGCCGACUUUUAGCCUAGGUGAUGAUAGGUAAUACUAUACACCAGAUAAUGAUGGAGGCAUAACUUACAACUCCAAUAUAAUACGACACUUGAAGGUCUCA